AUGAAGGAGCCCGACGCCAUCAAACUCUUCGUGGGGCAGAUCCCGCGGCACCUGGAGGAGAAGGAUCUGAAACCCAUCUUCGAGCAGUUCGGGAAGAUCUACGAGCUCACCGUCAUCAAGGACAAGUACACCGGCAUGCACAAAGGAUGCGCUUUCCUGACCUACUGCGCCCGCGAGUCGGCCCUGAAGGCGCAGAGCGCCCUGCACGAGCAGAAAACCCUCCCGGGGAUGAACCGGCCCAUCCAGGUGAAGCCAGCGGACAGUGAGAGCCGAGGAGGUACCACCCCCCUCCACCCCGGCCCCCUCCACCGCAAGCUCUUCGUGGGGAUGCUGAGUAAGCAGCAGGCGGACGAGGACGUGCGCAAGAUGUUCGAGCCCUUCGGCACCAUCGACGAGUGCACGGUGCUGCGCGGGCCUGACGGCACCAGCAAAGGCUGCGCCUUCGUCAAGUUCCAGAGCCACGCGGAGGCUCAGGCCGCCAUCGCUGCCCUGCACGGGAGCCGCACGCUGCCGGGAGCCUCCUCCAGCCUGGUGGUGAAGUUUGCAGACACGGAGAAGGAGCGUGGCCUGCGGAGGAUGCAGCAGGUUGCCAGCCAGCUGGGCAUGUUCAGCCCCAUCGCCCUCCAGUUCGGCGCCUACAGCGCCUACACGCAGGCGCUGAUGCAGCAGCAGGCGGCCCUGGUGGCUGCCCACUCGGCCUACCUCAGCCCCAUGGCCACCAUGGCCGUCCAGAUGCAGCACAUGGGCACAGUCAACCCCAACGGGCUCAUCGCCACCCCCCUGCCCCCCUCCUCAGGAACCAGCACGCCGCCGGCCAUGGCCGCCACGCCGGUGCCCGCCAUCGCCGCCCCGCUCAGCGUCAACGGCUACAGCCCGGUGCCGGCGCAGCCCGCCGGACCCCCCGCCCCCGAGGCCGUCUACGCCGGCGGGGUGCCCCCCUUCCCAGCCCAGAGUCCCGCCGCCCCCGGGGACCCCCUGCAGCAGGCGUACGCUGGGAUGCAGCACUACACAGGUCCCGCCUACCCGGCAGCCUACGGGCUGGUGAGCCCGACCUUCGCCCCGCCGGGGCCCCUGCUCGCCCCCCCACCCCCCCCGCAGCAGCAGCAGCGCGAAGGCCCCGAGGGCUGUAACAUCUUCAUCUACCACCUGCCCCAGGAGUUCGCCGACACCGAGAUCCUCCAGAUGUUCCUGCCCUUCGGCAACGUCAUCUCCGCAAAGGUCUUCGUGGACCGAGCCACCAACCAGAGCAAGUGCUUCGGCUUCGUGAGCUUUGACAACCCGGCCAGCGCCCAGGCGGCCAUCCAGGCCAUGAACGGCUUCCAGAUCGGGAUGAAGCGCCUCAAGGUGCAGCUCAAGAGGCCCAAAGACGCCAACCGGCCGUACUGA